CAGUUGAGCUGAAUGCGACGUCGGCGCGGGGCCCGAGGUACGCGGGGUCGUCAGCGGUCCACUCUUGGCCUCUGGAACUUCGGUGUCUGGGACAAAGGGGCCCGAAUGCUCGACCAGCGGCACUACAAUAAAAGUCGUGCUGCGCCCAGCGCCCCUCUUGCACAUGAGCAAGAUUUUCGUUGCGUUUUGAGAAGCCAGGACAAAGCUGAUCUGACCGUCGUCGAUACACACAUUACGAAGUACGCACGAGCCACACAAUGACCUCAAUCAGUUCCCCGCCAAACGGCGUCUUCGUCCCCGUCCCGACCUUCUUCAAGACCGCCGCCGACUCUUCGUCGCUGCAGGCCGCGGUCGACGUGCAGACACAGACCGAGCAUAGCGUAUUCUUGGCCAAGAAUGGCGUUCGCGGACUUGUCCUGCUCGGCUCUACCGGCGAGGCCAUUCACAUGAACCGUCAGGAGCGCAUCGAGCUGAUCUCAGGCGUGCGCAAGGGACUGACCGAUGCCGGAUUCCCUGACUAUCCGAUCAUGGCUGGCACCCUGAUUAACAGCGUAGACGAGACACUGGAGCAGCUCGAGGACUAUAAGAAGGCGGGCGCGCAGUGGGGCCUCGUGCUUGCACCAGGAUACUUUGGCGCAGCAGCGAGCCAGGAGGGUAUCAGGGAGUGGUACACGGUUGUGGCUGAUAAAUCGCCGCUCCCAAUCCUCAUCUACAACUACCCCGGCGUGACAAACGGCGUAAUGGUCACCCCGGAGACAUACCGCAUCCUCGCGCAGCACCCCAACAUCGUCGGCUGCAAGAUGUCGCAUGCCGUCGUUUCUUGGCACAACCAAGUCUCGCUCGACCCCAAAAUCGACCACGCCAAAUUCAAAGUCUACUCCGGGCUGGGCCAGCAACUGGGCCCCAUUGUGUUCUUCGACGCGGCCGGCGUCAUCGACGGUCUCGCAGCCAUCUACCCCAAGACAGUGUGCUCUUUGUACAAGCUCGCCGAGACACGGCCGAUUAGCGAUGAGAACCUGGAGAAAAUCAAGAAGCUGCAGUACACGGUGAGCACGACGGAGGAGUAUAUUGGCAAGUACGGCAUUGUGGGCAUCAAGGAGGCGGUCAAGCGCGUCACUGGGUUUGGAACGCUGGAGGGCGGACGGCUGCCGAUCAAGGGGAAGUUGCCUGACGGCGAGUGGGAGAAGUGGAGCGAGACUUGGGAGAGGAUACAGAAGUCUGAGAAUGAGCUGUCAGAAAAGGACUUCAAGUAGACUUGUGAGUUGCAGAAUUGGAAUCGUAAAACCGCGUCAAUUGGAGCGACAAAAGCAAACAGUCAUCGAUUGUGGUAAGGAAGAUCUGGA